AUCCAACGGGUUUCUGAUGCGCAUGCUUGGUGUACAAUGCGAUUACGAAAGUAAAUACAGGCAACGUUCGAAGGCAUUUCUUCAUAAAACUCGACAUCCAACGAAAGAAUGGUCGAAGAAGAGCAGAGUAACAAAAAGAAGGGUUUCAAGUUGCUGGGGAUUCUGGACGUGCAGAAUACACCUUGUGCCAGAGAAGCACUUCUACAUGGUUCUGUGGGAUCCCUAGCUGCUGGUCUUCUGCACUUUUUAGCCACAAGUCGAGUAAAGAGGUCUUUUGAUGUAGGUUUUGCGGGAUUCAUGCUUUCAACUCUGGGAUCAUGGUUUUACUGUAGAAUUAGUAACGCCCAGCUCCGUAGGCAGCAAGUAUUGAUCCAGGAUGGCAUCAAGAACAAGCUGUUGUAUGAAGGCACCCGUGUGGACACUGUCAGUAAACCAAAAGACCAGGAGCCUUGCUCUUCAUGUCCUUGACUGGGUUUCAUGAUAUAGUCUUCAAGUCAUUGCUUCUUCCAUAUACUGUAUUUUUUUAAAUAUUUAUUGUUGUGUUGGAUCAUGUUGUGGGACAUGGUCUGCUGGAGGAAUUAUUGUUAUUAAUCUAUUAUUGAAUUAAUGUCAAAUAAUCUAUAUUAUUUUUGUCUGCAAUGCUGGUUCUGUUUGUAAUGAUUUCUAAUAUGAUUGUGCAAUCUGAAUAAAUAUUCACGUACU